UAUUUAACACCCUUCUUCUUCUUCCUCUUCCUCUGAAACUCAAAACACUUCAUUUGACUGCUCUGAAUUAAUGGCGGAGCCCAAGCUCCAGCUUCUUCCCGCUCUCAAGCUACUCAUUCUCCUUCUAGCAACCAACUCCAUCUUCAGUUUCCACUCUGUUCUCUCUGAAACUUUUUUCGAAGAGCGCUUCGAAGAUGGAUGGAAGAGUCGUUGGGUCUUAUCUGACUGGAAAAGAAGUGAAGGGAAAGCUGGGACUUUCAAACACACGGCCGGAAAAUGGUCCGGAGAUCCAGAUGAUAAAGGUCUUCAGACUUACAAUGAUGCUAAGCAUUUUGCCAUAUCUGCAAAGAUACCAGAGUUCAGCAAUGAGAACAGAACUCUAGUGGUUCAGUACUCUAUUAAAUUUGAACAGGAUAUUGAAUGUGGUGGAGGUUAUAUUAAGCUUCAUUCUGGUUAUGUCAAUCAGAAGAAAUAUGGUGGUGAUACCCCUUACAGUUUGAUGUUUGGACCAGAUUUAUGUGGUUCGCAGACGAAAAAGCUCCAUAUGAUACUUUCUUACCAGGGGCAGAAUUAUCCAAUAAAGAAGGACUUGCAAUGUGAAACGGACAAGUUAACUCAUUUUUACACAUUCAUUCUUAGGCCUGAUGCAAGUUACAGUAUCCUUGUUGAUAAUCGGGAACGAGAUUCUGGAACCAUGUAUUCUGAUUGGGACAUCCUUCCACCUAGGAAAAUCAAAGAUGUUAAGGCAAAAAAGCCUGCUGACUGGGAUGACAGAGAAUACAUUGAAGAUCCUAAUGAUGUUAAACCAGAGGGAUAUGAUUCAAUUCCAGCUGAGAUUCCUGAUCCGAAGGCAAAAGAGCCUGAUAAUUGGGACGAGGAUGAGGAUGGUAUAUGGAAGGCACCAAAGGUUCCAAAUCCAGCAUACAAGGGACCAUGGAAGCGUAAGAAAAUCAAGAACCCAAAUUACAAGGGAAAGUGGAAGACCCCAUGGAUUGAUAAUCCCGAGUUUGAAGACGAUACUAAGCUUUACGUGCUGAAACCAAUAAAGUAUGUGGGCAUUGAAGUUUGGCAGGUAAAAGCUGGAUCAGUUUUUGACAACAUUUUGAUAUGCGAUGAUCCUCAGUAUGCAAAGGAAGUUGUUGAUGAUACGUUUGCAAGGAAUAAGGAGGCUGAAAAGGAAGCUUUUGAGGAAGCAGAGAAAGAAAGGAAGGCUAGGGAAGAAAAGGAGGCUGAAAGGGCUCGAGAGGAAGGUGAAAAGAGAAGAAGGGAGCGAGACCAUCGUCAUAGAGAUAGGAGGAGGAACUACCGAAGGGAUCGGCAUGACUAUGACUACUACCACGAUGAGCUAUGAGGCUAUUUGGAAGGGCUCUUCCUCUUCACUUCACUUUGCUGAGAGGGAAUUUAUUGGUCCAAAGGACUUCCAACCUUUUUGUGAUUCACCUGUUGUAUCAUUAAAACUACUUCCUGUUAAUUGUUGUGUGGAGAUUUGCACAUUGAGGAUGAGAGGGUUUCUACUUUCCACUGUAUUUCUUGUGUUUGAAUUAUUGCAGGUCCUGAAAUUUGCAUUCACGAAGCAAAUUUCUAAUCAAAUUUCUAAUCAGAUUGAUCAUGAUAUGGACUGAUA